AAGUUGUUGCUGCUCUCUAGCACACACUGCACACCUAACUGUCACGGAAGGAGGAUCCACUUCUGAGGUUUCUUCUGUUUUUCUUAAAGAGACUCAAACAGCAAGUUCUAAGGUCCAAGUGUCUAAGGUUGUAGUGUGACAUCUUAACUUGUGGUUUCAUGGUAUCGGGCAUUGUCAACAAACAUUUUAAGAUGUGGCUGUGGAUCUUGAUUGGCCUUAACAUCAUCACAAAAGUGCAUGGGUAUGGAAGUGGCCUCUUUAAUGAUCCUCAGUCAUGUGAAUCCAUGUUACCUUAUCAUGGAAGCCAUGGUGUUCAGGACACUGGACUGCCCUUUGAGAUCGAUGUCAUUGAGGGAGACCCUAUUACAGUUAUUCUCCGGAGCAAGCAAUCCACAGAGUUCAGGGGGUUUAUAUUGCAGGCUCGAAAGAACGGAAGCGAUGUUCCUGUUGGAAGAUUCAUCGCUCUUGAGUCUGAUAGAACUCGACUCUUGCAGUGCAAUGGCUCACCAGACUCGGCUGUCAGUCAACGCAACGAUGGGGGAAAGACUUUAUUUCGAGUUAACUGGACAUCUACGGAAAUAGACGAUGGCAUCUUUUUCAGAGUCACAUUCGUUCAGAAUUAUGCCACAUUCUGGCAACCAGUGGAUGAGAACAUCCCUCUACGCACAACCACAUCAUUACCAACAACAACACCAAGUACUACUCCAAGCACUACGCCAAGUAUUACUACAACCUCUGAGCCAAGUACUACUACAAGCACUACGCCAAGUAUUGCUACAACCUCUGAGCCAAGUAGUACUACAAGCCCUACGCCAAGUAUUACUACAACCUCUGAGCCAAGUAGUACUACAAGCCCUACGCCAAGUAUUACUACAACCUCUGAGCCAAGUAGUACUACAAGCCCUAUGCCAAGUAUUGCUACAACCCCUGAGCCAACAGAGGCCCCCAACACAUUCGGAGUAAGGAGGGACACAUAG